GUUUUAACGUUCACAAGAAGAUGUCUAUUGUAUUUUCUUUUAUUUUUUUUACAUCAAUUGCACCUCUUCUGGUCCACUCAUCUAAAGAGUACUUUUGGCGCGACUACAAUGGAAAAACCCCUGAAGAUGCCUUCCUAACUGGUCACGACAAUGACGGCAAAAAUAUCUACGUAGGCCAGGUUUAUGUCCAAAAUAAAGGUGUAGCCAUAGAUUAAUAUAGAUGCGACAUACAGUCUGAUUUUGCAAAACCACCCUUAUUGACAUUGGAGUCCUCAACCGCCAAAGCACUUCUUGUACUUAACGAACUACUUCUUGUACAUGCAAAAAAGAUAAGACAAUCAUUACUGAUAGUGACUGUCAAGAUAGCCCGCAACCCCCUAAUUAGUGGAGGGGAUGGAAUGUGAAUGUAUAGGACUGUGCGGUGAAAACUCGACCGGUUUCAUUUUCGUCGUGCCACACUGAUAACACGUGUUCAAACGGUAGGUUAAAGUGUAACAAUUUUGACAAUUAGUGCUAUUUUUAGGUAAAUAAACACGAUCCGAUAACAGUAAAAAGAAUCAGAAGAAAGUGGAAAAAUGUUUACAUUUGUGUUUUCUUUAAUCAUUCUUCUGGUAUCCAGUGGAGCACUUUUGCUCCACUCAACCAAAGACUACUACUGGCGUGACUACGACGGAAACAUCCCUGAAGAUGCACUGCUUGCUGGCCGAGACAAGGACGAUAACGACAUCUACAUCGGGCAGGCUUAUGUCAAAAAUGAAGGGUUAGUUGUGGUGCAGAUAAACCCAGGUCAAACCAGCGUGUAUGCAGAAAUGCGAGGACCUAAAGUCUUGGAUAAAAAUAUUAAAAUUCUAUGUGGUCCUAAGGAGAAGUUUUGCUGGAUCGCGACAGAUUUUACAAACCUACGUAAAGUUUCAAUGGAAAAACAACUAGUGGUCGCUGGGCAUGAAGACGAGGCGACAAGAUAUUUCGUUGGAAGGGCUAACUGCGACGAUGGAUUCUGCAUUGGAAAAGUUCUUGAACACGGCUAUCUAAAUAAGUCCUCGUUUUAUGGGGUGGAUAGAAACGGAGAUCAACUAGAGGCCGAAGCUUACGAAGUUCUUGUAAACGAAAGAAAGGGUGUUCAUAUUCCUAAAAGCCGCAAUGGGUUAGAAAGUAGUCUAAUUUUGGCAUUUCCCCAUAGAUUUUAUUUUGUAUUAUCCGUAUUAUUUUCAUUUGUGCUUUAA